CUACCAAAGAGGUGUUCAUGAGUCACGAGGACUUUUCUUAAUAGAAAAAAUGGCAUUGAUAUUACUAAUAACUUUUGCAUUUCCCAAAAUAUGACUUCAUUUUUUCUUUCCCUAAAUAUGACAUGUAUUAAUUGAAAGAUGCAUUCUGCCCUAAUUAAAAGAAACCAGAGGAACCUCCGCCAUUUCAUUUCAGCACUACGCUUCACAGAAGCCGCCCUAGCCUCUCGCUGCCCUAGCCUCUCGCCGCCACCUCACCUCACCGCUGGUUCUUCACCAUCUUCGUCUUGCCUCGCCUCGCCUCGCCGUUGGCUCUUCGCCGCCUUCGUUUCGCCUCGCUGCAACCUCUUCUUCUCUGACGUCGCAACCUCUUUUACGCCGCCACAGCUUCUCAUCUUCUUCUCCUUCUUCAAUUUCUUUCUGAUUGUGGGAAGUCGAUCUAAGGGGCGUUGACCUAAUCAAUGGAUCAAACUGGUUUCAAAUCUAGAUCCGGAGAGGCGGCGGCUAGGGUUAGACGGGGGUCAUGGCGG